AUGUUUAAUGAGUACUUUCAAUCUGUCUACACCUGCUUUAAGGAUCUAUCACCUUCGUUUCAACCAGAUUCAUCUUCCCCAUUAUCGAGCAUUUCAUCAAUUGACCUAUCGGUAGAAGAAGUUUUCCAAGCCUUGCAGAACUUAGAUCCGUCAAAGGCUCAUGGUCCUGACGGGUUUCCUUCGCGCAUUCUAAAAGAAUGUGCCUUCCAACUAGCUCCAUCACUUCAUCAUCUAUUCACUAAGUCGCUCCGCUUAUCGCAGGUUCCAGCCGAGUGGAAGUUAGCCGACAUUGUUCCCCUACACAAGAAAGGACAAGAAGAUCAUGUGGAAAAUUACCGCCCUAUUUCAUUGCUAUCAAUCAUAAGCAAGGUCCUUGAAAGAUGUGUCCUCAAUCAUGUAUCCUACCAUAUUCAGUCCAACAUUAAUUCCGCGCAGUACGGUUUCGUUAACGGUAAAUCAAGCACAGCUCAGUUAUUAUCAAUAUUAAAUAUUAUUGGAAAGAACUUGGAUAAAGGAUUACAAACUGAUGUUGUUUUUAUGGAUAUUGCUAAGGCUUUCGAUACCGUUGACCACUCCAAACUGUUGCAAAAGCUGCAGGAAUUCGGUUUUUCUGGUUCUCUCCUCCUGUGGUUUAAGGAUUAUUUAUCCGGACGCUUCCAAUGA